GAGGGUUAUAACCUAACUGUUGCACUGGACCUGUUGAGAAAAACACAGGGGCGGAGGAGGGGCACCCGGAGGAGACGAGGUGCCGCCAAGUCGAGCAGGAAGCUUGAGCACAGACUCCGUGGAGUGAUGAGGACGGCCCGGCGGGCGAGCAACGUGGAGGUUCCCUCCUUCCUCCGACAGCUGGUGAAAGAGACAGAGAAGAUGGUCACCUUCUUCUUCAAAGGAGGAUCCCGGGAGACAGGGCCUGGGGAGGAGGACAACUUGGAUGAAGAUGACGCACUACCCAGCCCAUACUUGGAGCAUCCCAUUUUGGAAAAGUAUGUGUCUGAGGGGGGAUCUCAUGUGGGGUUGAACUAUGCUGUGGCAAGCAUGCAGGGGUGGAGGGCUCAGAUGGAGGAUGCCCACGCCUGUAUGCCCCAGCUGAGAGCAGAGUUGCGAGAGUGGGGUUACUUUGCUGUUUUUGAUGGACACGCAGGCACCACAGUGGCACAGUAUUGUGCCAGACACCUGCUGGAUCACAUCCUGGCUGCAGGUGGGAUUAAAACAAACGAGGAUCCUGAGCAAGUAAAGGAAGGGAUACGCGAAGGCUUCCUAGACAUUGAUCGUCAUAUGCACAAACUGGCUCGUCAGGACAACUGGGACAGAAGUGGCUCCACUGCAGCAAGUGUGCUGAUUUCUCCGCGCCACAUUUACUUUAUCAACUGCGGAGACUCCCGCACUCUGCUCUGCCAUGACGGCCAGGUGGUCUUCUACACCGAAGAUCACAAGCCGUUCAACCCCAGAGAAAAGGAGCGGAUCCAGAACGCCGGAGGCUCGGUGACCCUGCAGAGAAUCAACGGCUCGCUGGCUGUUUCCAGGGCACUGGGAGACUUUGACUUCAAGGAGGUGGACUGGAGGUCGCAGACGGAGCAACUCGUGUCUCCGGAGCCAGAGGUCUACGAGCUGGAGAGGACGCCUGAAGACGAGUUCUUAAUUCUAGCUUGCGACGGUGUGUGGGAUGCCAUUGGAAAUGAAGAACUGUGUGCUUUUGUACGCAACCGUCUGCAGGUGUGCGAUGACCUGAGAGAGAUUUGUACCCAAGUCAUUGACCUCUGCCUCUAUAAGGGCAGCUUGGAUAACAUCAGCAUCAUCAUUGUCUGCUUCCCCGGCGCCCCCCAGGUGUCACAGGAGGCACUGCAACAAGAGGCAGAGCUUGAACAACAAAUUGAUAUGAAAGUGGAAGAAAUUAUCCAGGCGAUGAGGUCCAGAGAUGAGGACCCUGACCUUCUAUAUGUGAUCAAAUUCCUAGCAGCAGAAGAGAUGCCGGGACUGCCCCCAGGAGGAGGAAUCACCAGCAAGCGAGACUGUAUCAUCUCAGCGUACCAGAAACACAUCAUGGCUCUAAGGACUCAGGAGCCUAUGGACAUUGAAGGAUCAGAGGAAGAUUCAAACUAAAGCCAUGAAGAAUCAACACCAUGAAGAAAGCUUAGACACUUCUUAGAUGUGGACCACACUAAGCAAAAUUCUUUAAGUAACUUUUUUGGGUAUAGGGUAUUGUUCUUUUGGGGUAUAGCCACACAUACUUGCUUUCUGGUCAAAUCAAAUUAAAUAUGGAGGAACUAAAUGAUACAUCCACUGCAUGUGUUUUUAUUUAUCUUUUUAUCCUAUUAAUGUGCAAACGUCUUGAGCACCCCCGUGGUCUUAAGCAAUAGUCCUCUGGGCUUUCUGGAGAUCUUUCAAAGCUUUUAUUUGAACAUUGGCUGCUUUUCACAGUUUCUCGGUCCAGCCCUUUCAUGGCUGUUUGUUAAGCCACUUAACACUGACCUAUGAAUCAUUCAAGCAUAAAAAAGGUCGCCUAACCUAAGGAAACAGUGUUGUCGCUACACACAAGAACUUAGCAAAAAACAAUUUUAAAAUUGUGUCAGUAGGCAACUCCACAUAAUUUCUUCCCAUUUCUUUACUUGAAUCUAUAGAAAAUACUAAAGAUACCACAGUUUGACAGGCAAAAUAGUAUUUUUGCAGCAACAAUGUGAUUCAUAAAGAGUUGCUGGCAUAUCUUAGCACAGAGAGCUCUGUUUCUCUAAAGGUUUGAUGGAUCUGGACAACUGUGGAGGACAAAAGAAAAAGUGGCAACGCCUAUAAGAAAAAUUAUCUACAGCAGAUAAACAGUAUCUGGAAUUUACAUCCUUAACAAAUAAGAAAAAGUCCACCAGGAUCUGAGAGACACAUCUGGUACUUGAGUUAAUCCAUCUACUGUCGCCAAAGACUUAUCAGAAAUGGUCUCAGUGGAAGGUCGGCCCUGAAGAAGCCAUUUAUAGGAAAAGGCUGAGGUAUGCCAAAUGACACAAGAACUGGAAGGAAUCAGCUCUUACAGAGUGAUGAAUCCAAAUUUGAAAUUUCUGGUUCAAAUUACAACAGUAUGCUUAGAAUGUGUCAGGAGAGAGAUACAACAGUGACUGUCAACCAUUAGUAAAGCACAGUGGAGGCUCUGGGGAUUGUUUCAAAAUUGAUGGAAUUAUGAACGCAGAAAAUUACCAUCAGAUUAUGCUUCACCGUGCAAUACCAUCUGGAAAGUGUAUGAUUGGCAACGUUUUCCAAUGAUCCCCAAAACACUGCCAAUGGCCAGUGGACAGAAGAACACACAGUGGAUGAGUGUCAGUCAUAGACUGGCCUCAUGGACUCCAAGAUUAUUGAGCAGUGUGGGAUCAUCUUGACAGAACAAAAGGCAGUCGAGGUCCAAAGAAGAGCUUUGAAUGUCCUUCAAGUCUGCAGAACUAUUUCUGAAGACGACUUAAAGAAAUCAAAAGAAUGCUUGACUAAAAGAGUUCAUGUGUAAAAGGGGGUCAUACCAAAUGUUGACUAUCAAGCUUGUUAGAAUGAACUGUGUUUUUGCCUUACAUCAAUAUUUGUA